AUGGUCUUUAUUACUAAUAUUGUUUGUACAUUUUGGGUUGUUCUUUCCUAACUUAGAUAAGUAAAUUUAUAAAUUUAAGAUACAUUCAAGAUUUUUAAUGAAGCAGCCUCAAAGUAAAUGAUAACUGAAAAAAACACUAAAUUCUAUGCGCGUGUUAAUUAUGGAUUAAAUAGAUUACCUGAUCUUGAAACUUAGGUUUGCCAUUAUUUGAUAAAUAUUAAAUUCCUUAAAGUUUAAUUUACUUACGAAUACAUUUUAAGUAAUUUAUAUUCUAAAUUUAGCUAUUUUAUAUAUCGAAAAAUAUUAUUAGAUCAUUAUGAUAAUUUUAAUAAUUUCUAAAGUGUUUAAUUAUCUAUAGAUAUUUAAAUAUUACUAACAAAUGAAAAAAUAGAUUUGUUCCAAAAAAAAUUGGCUAAUAAUAUAAUAAUACAAUAGACAGAGAACUUAAAAUUAAAUUAUUAAAGUAGCUUGGUAUAAUGAAAAUCCACCUAUAAGAAUUUAUGCCAUUUUAAAUUAAUACAAUGCAAAAUUUGGAAAAAGUUAGUGA